AUGCAGCCGUGUCCGGUCGACAGAGAGCAUAGGACAAAGUGCUUCCGCCGCAGUGACGGUAGGUGCACACAGGCCAAUCCCUGGAUUGAAUUUUUGGCUUCUCACAAGGGCGCACGUGACGGCGGAAUCCGUGACAUGGGUGCCAAGUACCGUGAUCCAGUGAUGAGCCGGCAGCAGGGCCACGUCCGUAAAGCUGCCCCACGCAAGCCUCGCUCUGAUGCCGCUGCCGUGCCUCGACCACGGCCAUGGCCGCGGGAGAAGGAGCAGCAGAAGAAGCAGACGGACAAUGAGAAGGAGCAGCAGAAGUUGCGGGAGCAGAGGCAGAAGGAGCGGGAGCAGAGGCAGAAGGAGCGGGAGCAGCAGCAGAAGGAGCGGGAGCAGAGGCACAAGGAGCAGGAGCAAACUCCGCUGCGCAACACUGCUAGGUUGCCGCGUUCCUCCCCCGAAGGCUCAGCCGACGCACCUCCGCCGUCUCCCAACAAGCGCGCACACCAGCCGAUGCAGCACAUCAAGCAGGCGGGCAGCGUGGAAGCGCUGGUGUGUGCCCGUGAGGGCAUCACGGUGCAUCAUGCCACACCUAGGAUGUACUCCAUGCCGCACCCAAAGGUCGUCACCAACACGUUGGAGCACGUCCUGACGCUGCAGACCAUCUGCACCCAGUCGAUGUGGAACAUGUACAACAAUCAGGCACUGAUAACAGAACUCGUGAGGAUCGACGACUACGUGGCGCAGGUUAGGAACGGCCAACCGGCGCAGGAUGUGCUGACCAACGUUCCAGUGUCAGCCGAGAUACUUGGCCCGGCGGCUGAUGAGUACAGGGCGGCCCUGACAGUGGCUGCAAGCGGUGGGCGCCAGGACGUGGGCUACAUCCCAGCGGGCAUGGCCAUGCUGCUGGGCCUUCUCCUGGGCCUGAAGGUCCAUCUGUACACGGCCGUCGGUGGUGCUAUGGCGGAUGACCUGGAGGGCACAGUGUUUGUUUCCCAUUACCAAGUCAUGUACCAUACCGUGGCAGGGUCGCAUGGCCAGGCCCUGGGGCACUACGUGCUGCUCGUGACGGCUGGCAACACAGCGGCCUGGCCCAUGGGUGACUCGUACAUCCCACACUACAUGCAGCCUGUCAGCCCCGGCACCCGUAACCGCGUCGGAGUGCUGGGAUACCUCGACCGUGCCGCGCCCAGUACGUGCUGCAUGCGGGCGGUGUGCCGCCUUCCAAACCAGAUGCGCCAGGGUGGCCUGAGGCAAGGGAGUGGUAUGCGGGCGCUGCCCCCUGCUUUCCACCUGAACGAUGCAGAGUGCAACGUGGGCCGCGGUGCACUGCUGGUGGUGCCGCAGUGGAGCAUGCUGCCGCCGGAUGUGGCCUUCCCGCUGAAGUGCUGGCACAAGGUGCGGCUGCUGACCGGCACUGCACCCCCGCUGAUCAACCGCGAGGAUAUUACCAUGCUGGAGUUUGAGGACGUGGACGUGAACGAUGUCUGGUUCAUGGGGCCGUACGAUGACUGCAACAGGUACGCCUGGAUCCUGGAGGACAGCAUGGUGCAGCAGCUCCGCAACAGCUCCACCGUGAGCAUCAACCACCAUAUCCAGGUUCCUAUCGCCUCGCUGUGUGUGCUGAGCGGGCGCGGUGACAUCAGCGCCGACCUGCACAACACGCUUCAGACCAGGUGCCUCAACCCGUGCCAUGUGCUGCGCAACAUGCUGCCAGCCCUUGGCGACCGGGACAUUUUGCUCCUGCGGCAGAUUCUCAAGCUGGCGUUUUACAUAGGGUGGGUGUUGGACGGGGUGGUGGGAGGCCUGCUGGCGGCUCUGCAGGCCGUGCUACGCCACUGCGAGUCCGUGCUGACUCCCCCCACGCUUCAGAUGUUCAAGACACUGAUGCCCCUGCAGAGGGUCGAUCCCAGGACUCGCGGCUUUGCAACAAUGCCGCCUGGCCGCAAUAACAUGUUGCAGAUGCGCAUUGAGGCUUGCGCUCGCGGAGAGGCGUGCACAGCAAUGGCCAACGCAGUCAUCAUCAAGUCAAGCUUUGCUUACAUGAGUAUUGUCCUGGGAGCCUUCAUGCAGGGCGUGGACCCGCAGCUGGUUGCUGCAAAAGUCUAG